UUAUUUUAUCACGCGCACGCGUCUAUGUUACCACUAAUAGGUGCCUUUGCUAAUAUUGGGAUCCCGCUCUGCUGGGCUCCCAUAAACGGAAGCAGAGCACUACGUACAGACGAACAAUGGACGUCUCAUCACUCGUUGCUGCUGUACUCUCACCCAUCCUCCUCGUCGCGUUGUUCAUAUCUAUCCUCUUCUUCACCAAGCGGCGGAGCCCUCCUCCAUCCGGCAGCGAUGUCCGGCGGCUGCCUCCUUCACCAUGGGGCCUUCCCUUGCUGGGCCACCUCCCUCUCCUCGGCCCCUUGCCGCACCGGAAGCUCAAGUCCCUGGCCGAGGCGCACGGCCCGGUGAUGCUCCUGCGGCUGGGCCGCGUGCCGACCGUGGUGGCCUCCUCCGCCGCCGCGGCGCACGAGGCCAUGAAGACCCGCGACCUGGCCUUCGCGAGCCGCGCCAGGGUGCGCAUGGCGGACCGGCUCCUCUACGGCCGGGACCUCGUGUUCGCGCCCUACGGCGAGUACUGGCGCCAGGCGCGCCGCGUCAGCGUGCUCCACCUCCUCAGCCCGCGCCGCGUCCUGGCUUUCCGCGCCGUCCGGGAGCAGGAGGCCGCCGCGCUGCUCGACCGCGUCCGCCACUCGCCGCCGGCGCCGGGGGGCGCCAUGAACCUGAGCGACGCGCUCAUCUCCUACGCCAACGCAGUCAUCAAGCGCGCCGCGUUCGGCGACGACAAGGGGUACGGGAUCGAGGGGGAUGAAGGUGGGGAGAAGCUGAGGGAGGUGUUCGCGGAGUUUGAAGGGCUGCUGGGGACGGCCACGGUCGGGGAGUUCGUGCCGUGGCUGGCGUGGGCGGACAGUUACUUGAUGCCGGGGCUGGACGCCAGGGUCGCGCGCACGUUCGAGGUGCUCGACGGGUUGCUCGAGAAGGUCAUCGCCGGGCACCGCGAGAGGCGCCGGCGUCUCGGCGGAGCUGGGCGGAUUGACGCCGGGGACGGGGAUGACGACGAUCGGCGGGACUUCGUGGACGUGCUGUUGGACGUGAGCGACACCGGAGAGGAGGCCGGUUUCGACACGAUCGGCAUCAAGGCCAUUAUCCUGGAUAUGUUCGGCGCCGCCACGGACACGACCUACACGACUCUAGAAUGGGCCAUGGCGGAGCUCAUCAACCACCCACCCAAAAUGCGCAAGCUCCAGGACGAGAUCCGCCAGGCGGCGGCGACGGCGACGGCCAACGGCGCGGGCCGGAUCACCGAGGCUCACCUGGGCAAGCUGCGGUACCUGAGGGCCGUGCUCAAGGAGACGCUCCGGCUGCACGCGCCGGUGCCGCUGCUGGUGCCCCGGGAGACGCUCCAGGACACGGAGCUGCUGGGCUACCGCGUGCCGGCCGGGACCCGCGUGAUGAUCAACGCGUGGGCCAUCGGCCGCGACCCGACGGCGUGGGAGCGCGCCGAGGAGUUCUUGCCGGAGCGGUUCUUGGAGGAUGGCCCCGCGGAGUAUGCCGUGGUGGGGCAGAAUGACGACUUCAGGUUCGUGCCGUUCGGUGCCGGGAGGAGAGGGUGCCCUGGCGUCGGGUUCGCCGUGCCGUCCAUGGAGUUAGCGCUGGCGAGUUUGCUGUAUAACUUUGACUGGGAGCUGCCGCGGCAGGAAUAUCAGGGCGGUGGGGGGUUGUCGAAGGUGGACAUGAGCGAGCUGAAUGGCCUGUCCGUCCGGCUCAAGACGACGCUGCGCCUGGUCGCUACGCCUUGGUCUCCUCCGUGAGGCUUGAGCUGAGCUGCGCGCACGAAUCGGUAGCUUGGGAUUGGUGGAAUACGACACGCCGUACUUCCGAGCAUUAGCAUUCCUGUGCAUGUAUUAUACGACAUCAGAUUUGUUGUACUACAAAACCUAGCUUGUACGUGCAACUUUGUAAAAAUAAAUAAAUAAGCUCUCGCGUGGAGCAAGAGCAUCCACACUCUUUAAAUAUAUUGUCUCUAUAGAUGACUAAGGAUUAGAGACAAUCUCUAAGCAUUGCA